CUUUAGUGGUCGCACUGAAAGUAUAGUGGAGGUUGGUUGAAGAUGAUGUUACACGGCGUUCAGAACCAAUCUUGAAGUGAAUGAAUUAUAAAGAAGUAAGGAAAUGAGACGACUCUUUCUUGAACUAUAUUAUAAACAGAUCUUCCCCUCCACACCAAUUAUAAGUUUUUCUCUAUUUCUCUCGUAUAUCAUCGUAAUGCCCUUAAUGCUAGGUUUUGAAAAAGACUUUUUAUGUCAUUCCCAUUUAGGUCCGAUUCGGAUCCCUCCGUUGUUUCCUUUUCCUUCUGCACCUUUUCCUCCAAAUGAGAAAGAAGAUGGUACACUUGAAUUGUAUUAUUUAAGUUCUUAUUACUUGCCAAAAAUCCUACUUCUACAAUUGGUAGGUCACCGGGUUAUUCAAAUAAGUCGUGUUUUCCGUGGUUUUCCCAUGUUACAACUUUCGUACCAAUUAGGUCGAUCUGGAAUGGAUCGGUUAAACAUUCUAUUAGGUAGCCUGGUCUUGACUCUUCUGUGUGGUAUUCAUUCUCGUUCGGCUCUUGGAAUCACAUCCAGCAGUGGUUGGAAUAGCUCGCAAAAUCCAACCACUUCACCUACUUCAUUGCCCCCAACCGUUUCUCGUACCUCUAUUAAAAUAGAAUGGUUUCAUGUUCUUUCAUCGAUUGGUUAUUCCUCUCUGUUUGUAUCUCUUUUUCCAAUUUUGGUCUUGAUUGGUUCACAUGAUUGA